AUGUACCCCACUCUGGAGAAGAACGACUGGGUGCUGACCAGCAGCCGAAGGAACGGCCUUCACCGGGGCGACGUCGUUGUUCUCCGGUCGGUGAAGGAGCCCAAGGAGCGGAUGAUCAAGCGAGUGACCGGCCUGCCCGACGAUCUCAUCCACACCGACGACGCCAAGCUGGUGCGGGUGCCCCGCGGCUACUGCUGGAUCGAGGGCGACAACGCCAGCGUGAGCCUCGACAGCAACGUCUUUGGCGCCGUGCCUGUUGGGUUGGUGGAAAGCCGAGCGCUGUAUCGGCUAGACAGGGGUUGGCGACUGCACAAGCUGGAGAGCGUACCACGAGAACGACUCCAGCGCACCAAGAAGGAGAGAGAAGUGCGAUGA